AUGGCUUCGACUGCGCCAACCAGGAACCCCUUCGACCUCCCGGAACUCAUAAUUCACCUCAGCCAAUUCGUCACUGACGAGGAUGCUAUCUCCUGUGCGCUCGUCUCCAAAAUCUGGACCGACCACUUCGUCUCUGUAAUCUGGUACAAGGUCGACUUCAAUACCCAACCCCGGUUUGCGGACCUCUCGCCAGCCAUCAUUCUCAAACACGGACACCAUAUCCGAGUCAUCAAGAACGCCAAAACACUACCUCACGCCAAUGCUCUUGCCCACCCCAGCAUCAACCAGCUGACGAAACUCCACAUCGAGACCGCCACCUCUCCUCUGCAAAAUAUCCGAGCACACGAGGUUAUAUUUAGGAACAACCACUCGCUCGAAAGACUGGAUAUCGUUGCAACCUCGACCCCCGCCAACAAGCAGGAUUCCUUGGCCCACUGUAUCUCUGCGCCAGCUCUAUCUCCCCCAUCUCUCCACGGCACCUCCAAACUCACGAAUUUGAAGCUUGAUAAUCUCGUGUUGACCCAUGACACACUGGUGGCCGUUCUUCAAAUCUGCCCCAGUUUGUCUAAACUGCAGUUGUUCAGCACAGAUAUCAUUGGCCGCCCAACAACAACAGCAGCUUUGCCAUAUCAGCACAAGGGCAUAAGGGCCUUUGGUUCACCUCUCAACCGUAUCUUCCCAGUCAAUUCGAUUGGUUUCUCUCUCCUCUCGCAUUUCCCCAACCUGACAACUCUAUAUGCCUGGAACUACGACAGGAACUUUACGGUUCCGGUGACCAGGAUCAAGAAGGAGCUUGCGCAGCACUGCCCUGGCGUUACCGGAUUCCACUUGGCAGAUUCGACAGGUACCCUGGUUACCGAUUUCCUGACGACGAUCACCAACAGAAAUGUCGACGAGUUUGUCUUCCGUUCCCGACACACGUCCCUCGAGCUCAUCAAAACCGUCCUUCUACAUCAAACAACCAUGCGCACCAUCAUGCCCUACUGUCCCGAAGAGUGUCUCGACCAAGACAAGAACGAAGUGGCGCCAGUCGCCAACCAUCUCCAAGAGUCAAGUUCGCUGUUGCAAUUGAUCCCCCGAGGCUGUCCAGAGCUCGACACGUUGGACCUUUACUUUCACGAGAUGGACAUGGAUGAUGUGGAGGCGGAGGAGUGGAUCUGUAAGAAUUUGACGACACUGAGGAUGAGGAUCAAGGGAUUGGACACGGCGGAAAUGAUUCUGAAGGUGAUUGCGUUGUGGCGCAAAGGGUGCUGGAGGCGUUGGCAGAAGAAGGCGGGGACACCAGUGGCGACAGAUGAUAAGGAGGAUGAGACUGAUAUGUCGAUUGAGGCUCGGGUUGCGCGUCAUCUUCUCAAGUUCGACAAGUUGUGGACAGUCUGGCUCGGAUACCAGACAUGGACGCCUAUCUAG